GCGGACAUUGAUCGGCGGACACUUGGGCUAAGAGCCUCGCUAGCAGAACGCGUUUUGUAACAAUUCGUCAUGUCGACACCUUUGAAAGGAUCGUGCUUCUGCAAAUCGGUGACCUAUGCGGUAUCCGGUGCGCCAGUACUCAGCGCGUUCUGCCAUUGCACACAAUGUCAGCGUCUGGCCGCGUCCCCUUUCGUACAUACCAUCCACUUCGAGGGCUCCGCAGUCGUUUGGACGCAUAGCGAGCCGCACGACAAUCGCCUUGACACCUUCGUCGUUCCGACGAAGCCGUGGAAGACACGGUACCGCUGCAAGAACUGUGGCGUCUGUGUUGCCAGUCGGAACUCGAAGACGGGGAGCUGCAGCGUAUGGGGCGCCGCGUUGGAGCGCGACGAAAAUGGCAAAAUCAAGGCGUGGGAUGUGGUGAAGCCGACAGCGCAUAUAUUCUACGGUACACGAAUGCUUGAGGUAAACGAUGGACUGGGGAAGUGGGAGGGCUAUGAAGGAAAGUCAACUAAGGUUACUUGAUAUCGUAACAUGACAUGUACAGGAAUCGCUCGCUCAGCUGACAAAGUACUAGCUAAUGGCCAUUG